AUGAUGCAAGAUAUGUGGAAUGCACCACCUGGUUUUAGACCAACAAAAUCUGCACCAACUUCACCAGCAAAGCCACUUGGUGUUUCAAGAACUCGCUCUGAGUCAUUCCAUGCUAUCCACAAGGUCCCUGUUGGUGACUCUCCUUAUGUUAGAGCCAAAAAUGUUCAGUUGGUUGAUAAAGAUCCGGAGAAGGCAAUACCUUUAUUUUGGGCAGCAAUAAAUGCUGGGGAUAGAGUGGAUAGUGCAUUGAAAGAUAUGGCUAUUGUUAUGAAGCAACAGAAUAGGGCUGAUGAAGCAAUUGAGGCUAUCAAAUCGUUACGACAUCGAUGUUCAGAUCAAGCCCAAGAGUCUCUUGAUAAUAUUCUUUUAGAUCUUUACAAGAGAUGUGGAAGAUUGGAUGACCAAAUAGCAUUGUUGAAACAUAAGCUAUACUUGAUUCAACAAGGGCUAGCUUUCAAUGGGAAAAGAACAAAGACUGCAAGGUCUCAAGGGAAGAAAUUUCAGGUUUCUGUGGAACAAGAAGCAACUAGAUUACUGGGGAACUUGGGAUGGGCACUGAUGCAGCAAAACAACUACAUUGAAGCAGAAGAUGCCUAUAGAAGGGCACUUACCAUUGCACCUGACAACAAUAAGAUGUGCAAUCUUGGGAUUUGUUUGAUGAAGCAGGGGAGAAUUGGUGAGGCUAAAGAGACAUUGCAGCGAGUAAAACCAGCGGUGGCUGAUGGGCCAAGAGGUGUGGAUUCACAUCUCAAAGCAUAUGAAAGGGCACAGCAGAUGCUCAAGGACCUUGAAUCUGAGAUGAUGAACAAAGGAGGCGAUCGGGUUGAACAAAGAAGGCUCUUUGAUGCCUUUCUUGGUUCUUCAUCAAUUUGGCAGCCUCAGCCUUGUAAGGAUCAUCAUAGUGUCUUGCCAACAACCAAUACAAAGUCUUCUCAUGAUGAUUUUGCCGAUGAGAAUGUUGAUUCUAAUAUCGUAGCAAACCAAAACCAGAUGGUGCUUCCUCAACAGAAAAAUAUCAGACAGUUUGUUCCUCCUCCUUUUGGGAAUUUAUGGAAUGUUGAUGCACCUCCAUUUUAUUCCUCCAAAUUAGUAAAGGAACCAAUUGGGCAUCAAUUCCAUGAGACCCUUAAGAGGACAAGGUCAGGAAAUGCUGCUAGUUCAAACAGAAAGAUCGAAAUGGGGUUGUUCACAACACCAUCUGUGGAGCCAGAAAAACCAGAAACAAAGACGAGGAGGCUGUCAGAUGAAACAGAAGGCAAGUUGUCACAGUUGUUGCCAGAUAAUGAUGACUUUGAAGAGGCCAUUCUUGCAGCGGUUCUAGGUCCUGAAAGGAAUGCAGGAAAGACAGCAAGGAAGGUAGUUGAUACUGCAAAUUCUGGGAUCUUUCAGCAGAAGAAGAUCGAGAAGCGACUCAAGGAUGGAGAUAAACUUGUUCUCCUUGACCCAGCUCUCUCUUCAGAGGAAGGAGUUACGCAGUGCGGUAGCAGAGGAACGCAGUAG